AUGCUUCUGGAAACCCUGAAUCCGAUGCACUAUAAUAUCACCAAAGUGGUAUCUGAAAGCAUUCCAGCAGUAGCCACCGUCCCACUCUUGCUCUUGAUGGGAUUCCUUUUCCUGAUAUGGACUUGUGAAGAAACAUCUUCCAUCCCAGGGCCCGGCUACUGUAUGGGACUCGGCCCACUGAUUUCUCACUGGAGGUUUCUCUGGAUGGGAGUGGGCAGUGCCUGUAAUUAUUACAACAAGAUGUAUGGAGAGUUUAUGAGAGUCUGGAUCAAUGGAGAAGAGACCCUCAUUAUUAGCAAAUCAUCAAGCAUGUUCCAUGUCAUGAAACAUGGACACUACAGCUCUCGAUUUGGCAGCAAACCUGGUUUAAAGUGCAUUGGCAUGCAUGAAAAUGGCAUCAUCUUUAAUAAUAAUCCAGCUCUUUGGAAAGAAAUCCGACCAUUUUUCACGAAGGCCCUUUCUGGACCGGGUCUUGUGAGGAUGAUAGCCAUCUGUGUGGAAUCAACAAUUGAACACCUAGACCAAUUGGAGAAAGUGAUCACUGAGUUUGGACAUGUCAACACCCUGAAUCUUAUGAGGUGCAUCAUGCUUGACACUUCAAACAAGCUUUUUCUUGGCAUUCCUCUUGAUGAAAAUGCCAUUGUGCUUAAAAUCCAAAACUAUUUUGAUGCUUGGCAAGCGCUUCUCCUGAAACCUGACAUUUUCUUUAAGAUCUCUUGGUUCUACAAGAAGUAUGAGAAGUCUGCGAAGGAUUUGAAAGAAACCAUUGAAAUCUUAAUUGAGCAAAAGCGACAGAAGCUCUCCACCAUUGAUAAGCUGGAGGAACAUAUGGAUUUCUCUUCACAGCUGAUUUUUGCCCAGAGCCGCGGUGAGCUAACUGGCGAGAAUGUGAAUCAGUGUGUUUUGGAGAUGCUAAUUGCUGCCCCUGAUACACUGUCGGUGACCCUGUUCUUCAUGCUGGUGCUGAUUGCAGAACAUCCUCAAGUGGAGGAGGCAAUGAUGAAGGAAAUUCAGACUGUGAUGGGUGACAGGGAGAUUCAAACUGAUGACAUGCCAAAGCUAAAAGUAGUUGAGAACUUCAUCUUGGAGAGCAUGAGAUACCAACCAGUUGUGGACUUGGUCAUGCGCAAAGCCUUGCAGGAUGAUGUGAUUGAUGGCUAUCCUGUGAAGAAAGGAACAAACAUUAUUCUGAACAUCGGGCGUAUGCAUAAGCUUGAGUUCUUCCCAAAGCCGAAUGAAUUCUCACUUGACAAUUUUGAAAAGAGUGUCCCCCAUCGUUACUUUCAGCCCUUUGGAUUUGGACCCCGUGGCUGCGUUGGGAAGUUUAUUGCCAUGGUCAUGAUGAAAGCCAUUCUGGUGACCCUUUUGAGAAGGUGCAGCAUCCGUACUCUAAAAGGAAAAGGUCUUAGCAACAUUCAGAAAAACAAUGACUUGUCUUUGCAUCCGAACGAAAGACAGCCGUUGUUGGAGAUGAUUUUCACACCAAGAGAUAACAUGGGCAAGAAUGAUCAGGAUAAGUAA